ACUAAAGAACAGAAAAGAAAUUAUUGCACUUAUGUUAGCUUGAAAAGUUGGAUGAAUGUUUUAACUUGGGCUACAAAUGCUCACAAAAAACACAGGUGGUAACUUCGAACCUUCUAGACCAAAAAAAAAAAAAAGGGUUUUAAUUUAACGGAUAUAUAUAAUAGGCGGGUAGAGAGCAUUAAAUAUUUCUUAUUUUUCGACAUCCGAAAUUUGAACACCCAUUUCUCGGCACUGUUCCUCUCCUCGAACACAAAGCAGAGCCAAGAAAGCUACAGUGAAUAAUCAAAUCAAUGGAGGGCACUAGUUUCCCCAAUUCUUCCGCCGAUGGCCUCAAGAAACAUGUAAUGAAGGUUUUCGAGGAGGCCACCAAAGACUGUGAGGACAAGGUCUUGAAAGAAAUUCGGGACUACGACUCCCUUAACAAGUAUGCCAUUCAACUCUUCAAUAUAUUGGCAAAUAACACCCUCGCUGAGGAAGCCAAAGAGCUCUUUAAGCCUUGCUCUGACUCUGCCGUGCUGCCUGAUGUUGCCGUCUUCACUAUUGUCAUUCGGGCCUACGCCUAUGCCGGCAAGACCAAGGCUGCCCUCAAGGUCUACCAGCAGAUGAUAGCCACCGGUGUCGACCCCACUUCCUGCACUUACACUAUACUCAUCACCUCACUUGCAACAGACUCAUCUUCUGAUGUUAAUUUUGUUGGGUAUGCCAAGAAGUAUUUUUUAGAAAUGUUAGAUAAGGGGAUGAAGCCACAUUCUGCCUCCUACAUGACUGUGUUCAACGCCAUUGCCUGUCGGGAGUCGGUGGAGAAGGCCAGGGAGUUCCUUGAGCAGAUACAAGCAAAGGGGUUUACCCCUGAGUCCAAAGUUCAUCACUUUGAAGAAGGCCACCUCACUGAAGCAAUGAAUGCAAUGAAGUUGUAUGAUGAUCUUGUCAACAAGACCACUGACAAGAAGAUGCAAAAAGUCUUCCGCAAGUGGCGUACAGCCGGCGGUGGCCUUGCCAAGAAAGAGUCAUUGGAGAUGUUUGGUGCUUUGAUAGAUGAUGGCUAUGUAGACGAGGCCAACGAGCUUUUUAAGCGCAUUUGUGAGACGGGUGUAUAUCCCAUGGUCACAAAUCACACCAGCGUUAUUCAAGCCUACCUCAAGUUUGGCAAGACCAAGGGUGCUCUGGAGGCAUACCGGGGCAUGUUAGCUUCAGGGGUUGCUCCAAACUCCUACACUUACACUGUUUUAAUCAAGGGACUCACUAUUGACCCCAAUUUCUGUGGAGAUGCCAAGAAGUGCAUUCUUGAUAUGAUGGACAGGGGCAUAAGGCCCAAUCCUGCUACCUACACUGCAGUGAUAGAGGGAUUUGCGAAGCAGGAGGACGAGGCAGCUGAGGAGGAGGCCAAAGACUUGGUGGACGUAAUGAUGAGUGAGGGAUUUGUGCCAAACGCAAAGGCUAUGAUGGAGGUUCUGAAGGGAAGGCCAACUCCUCUUAUAAGAAGGGUCAUAAACAUUGUCCUUUCCAAGUUGAAGGGCUAAUGGGUUUGCUUCAUCAAUGUUGUGCCUGCAGCCUUAGGAUUAGGGUGUUACAAAUAUGGGGAAGCUUUUGAGUGUAGGAAGUCAUGUAGGAUUUAGUUUCAAUAGGUAAGUGGUGCUGUUUUCUAUCAUUGUUCAUGUGACAUUGGAAUAGUUUGAAUGCUGACAUGGAAGUAGAAAAUCCAUGUAGGAAUGGUUUACAAUGUGGGAUUUGGUGCUGUUCUCUUUGAUUCUGAAUGAUGACAUCAAAGUAUUUU